ACCUCCCAUCUACUUCAUCCGCAAACCCUAGUUCUCUUCUGCUCCUUAAAAUCCCCCCUGCCUCCCUAACACCGUUUCCCAUCCCCGAAACGCCACCAAACAAACAAGACAAUGGGUCGAGUGCGCACGAAGACAGUGAAAAAGUCCUCCCGUCAGGUCAUCGAACGAUACUACUCGAAGAUGACACUCGAUUUCCACACCAACAAGAAGGUCUUGGAGGAGGUGGCAAUCAUCCCUUCAAAGCGCCUUCGUAACAAGAUUGCCGGGUUCUCGACCCAUCUGAUGAAGCGCAUCCAGAAGGGACCCGUUCGUGGGAUCUCCCUGAAACUGCAGGAGGAGGAGCGCGAGCGCCGGAUGGACUUCGUGCCGCCCGAAUCUGCCAUCAAGACCGAUCGUAUUGAGGUUGAUCAGGAGACUGUUGAUUUAUUGGAGGCUCUUGGAAUGAAGGAUCUUCCUGGGGUUGUUCUUAGAGAGGACCAGGGCCCGAUUAAUGUGGCGCCGGCAAUGACGUACGGCCGCGGCAGUGGUCGGCGGUACUGAUAUACAGGAAUGCAACGAUCUGAAUUGGAAUUUUUUGAGUUAAUGUGACUUUUUGGAUGCUAUUUAGUAAUGGAUUAUUGUUAGUUUUACUCUUUUUUCGUUAUAUAUUGACACUGGGGAUUAUUUGCUUUUCAAGAAUUUGUGUCUAAUUUUAAUGCAUUAUGGUCUUUUACCUGGGACAAUGCCGUUCCAGGUUUAUAAACAGAGGUUAUAUUUUUCA